UUUUAAAACUAAAAAGUCCCUCAUCCCCUUGAACUCGCACUUUCCGAUCCCUCUUCAUUCCCGUCCACCGUACCUGAACAACAAUCCAAAAUUUCAAAAAAAGACCGAAAAAGAAAAUAAGAAGAAAAAAACGAACGAUAUAUUAAUUCUCCGUAACGAACAGAUCUCCGUUCGAAUUCGCACGAAUGGCUCCGAUUCCCUCCGAGAACGGCGUCGAAGGCGACGAUGAGAGAGAAGAAGAAGAGGACGAAGAAGAAGAUGAAGAAGAAGACGAUGAAGGCGUAGAUGAAGAAGAGGAAGAGCCACGGCUCAAGUACCAGAGAAUGGGAGGAAGCGUACCUUCGCUUCUAGCCAGUGAUGGAGCGUCUUGCAUCGCCGUCGCCGAACGGAUGAUCGCUCUCGGUACUCACGACGGCGUCGUUCACAUCCUUGAUUUCCUCGGGAAUCAGGUGAAAGAAUUCGCUGCUCAUGUUGCGGUUGUGAAUGACCUCAGCUUUGAUAAAGAUGGUGAAUAUAUUGGAAGCUGUUCGGAUGAUGGAUCGGUUGUAAUAAGCAGCCUCUUUUCUGAUGAGAAGAUGAAGUUAGAGUAUCAUCGCCCUAUGAAGGCGAUUGCUCUGGACCCGGAUUAUGCUAGAAACACGGCUAGGAGAUUUGUUGCUGGUGGUUUAGCAGGGAAUUUAUAUUUAAAUUCAAAGAGAUGGUUAGGAUAUCGUGACCAGGUUUUGCACUCUGGAGAAGGUCCAAUACAUGCAGUGAAGUGGAGAACAAGUCUUGUUGCUUGGGCAAAUGAUGCAGGAGUGAAGGUUUAUGAUACUGCCAAUGACCAACGUGUAACAUUUAUUGAAAGGCCACGAAGUAGCCCUCGACCUGAGAUUUUGGUUCCUCACUUGGUUUGGCAGGAUGACACCCUUUUGGUAAUAGGCUGGGGAACAUCUGUAAAAAUUGCUUCGAUAAGGACAAACCGUCAUCAAGCCGUCAAUGGGACGUACAGGCAAGUUCCUUUGUCUGGAAUGACCCAGGUGGAUAUUGUGGCAUCUUUUCAAACUAGCUAUUUCAUCUCAGGAAUUGCCCCCUUUGGUGAUGCUUUGGUUGUUCUAGCAUAUAUUCCUGGAGAAGAAGAUGGAGAAACGGAUUUUAGUAGCUCUGCUCCUUCACGGCAGGGUAAUGCACAAAGACCAGAAGUACGGAUAGCAACACGGAACAAUGAUGAACUUUCAACAGAUGCUCUACCAUUACAUGGCUUUGAGCAUUACAAGGCAAAGGACUAUUCUCUUGCUCAUUCUCCCUUUUCGGGUAGCAGUUAUGCUGGUGGUCAAUGGGCUGCAGGUGAUGAACCAGUUUAUUAUAUUGUAUCCCCAAAGGAUGUAGUUAUUGCAAAGCCAAGGGACGUUGAAGAUCAUAUCGCUUGGCUUCUUCAACAUGGGUGGCAUGAAAAAGCUUUGGCUGUGGUUGAAUCUGGUCAGGGGCGGAGCGAACUAGUUGAUGAGGUGGGUUCUAGAUACCUUGAUCAUUUGAUCGUGGAAAGAAAAUAUGCUGAAGCAGCUUCUUUAUGUCCAAAGUUGCUUCGAGGAUCAGCCUCAGCAUGGGAGAGAUGGGUUUUCCACUUUGCACACCUCCGCCAACUCCCUGUUUUGGUUCCUUACAUGCCUACAGAAAAUCCUAGAUUGCGUGAUACUGCUUAUGAGGUUGCUCUAGUUGCAUUGGCUACAAAUCCUUCUUUUCAUAAGGAUCUCUUGUCCACUGUUAAAUCCUGGCCUCCUGUAAUUUAUUCUGUAAUGCCUGUUAUUUCGGCUAUCGAACCUCAGCUGAAUACUUCAUCCAUGACAGAUCCACUCAAGGAGGCAUUAGCAGAGCUGUAUGUAAUUCAUGGGCAACAUGAGAAGGCCUUCUCGUUGUAUGCUGAUCUCAUGAAACCAGAAGUAUUUGACUUCAUUGAUAAAUAUAAUCUACAUGAUGCAAUUCGUGAAAAGGUUGUCCAAGUGAUGAUGCUUGACUGCAAGCGUGCUGUUCCUCUAUUAAUUCAAAAUAAGGACUUAAUAAGUCCCCCUGAAGUUGUGAAGCAGCUACUAGAUGCUGAUAUUAAGUGUGACUGCAGAUAUUUCCUACAUUUAUAUCUCCAUUCAUUAUUUGAAGUAAAUCCACAUGCUGGGAAGGAUUUUCAUGAUUUGCAGGUAGAACUCUAUGCAGACUAUGAUCCAAAGAUGCUGCUACCUUUUCUUCGAGGCAGUCAACACUAUACCCUUGAGAAGGCUUAUGAAAUUUGCGUUAGGAGAGACCUAAUGAGAGAGCAAGUCUUCAUCCUUGGAAGGAUGGGAAACUCAAAACAAGCCCUAGCUGUUAUUAUAAAUAAAUUAGGGGACAUAGAGGAGGCUGUAGAGUUUGUGACCAUGCAGCAUGAUGAUGAACUUUGGGAAGAACUGAUCAAGCAAUGCCUUCACAAACCUGAAAUGGUGGGCAUACUAUUGGAGCACACAGUUGGAAACCUUGAUCCCCUCUACAUUGUAAAUAAGGUUCCCAAUGGGAUGGAAAUACCUCGGCUCAGGGAUCGGCUGGUAAAAAUUAUCACUGAUUAUAGGACUGAAACAUCACUUAGGCAUGGGUGCAAUGAUAUCCUUAAGGCAGACUGUGUCAACUUAUUAAUUAAGUAUUACAAAGAGGCAAAGCAAGGAAUAUAUUUAAGUAAUGAAGAAGACGAGCCGCGAGCUAAAAGAGCUUCUCAGAUGUUUGAGAAAUCCCCGAGUCUGAGAACCAUGGAAGUGAAAUCAAAGACUAGGGGUGGGGGAAGAUGUUGUAUAUGUUUUGACCCCUUUUCUAUACAGAAUGUAUCAGUCAUUGUUUUCUUUUGCUGUCAUGCUUAUCACACAACUUGUCUUAUGGAUUCUUCCUACACUAGUAGUAGCAAGAAAGAUAAUGGAGCCACUUCCCGAGAGACAGAAACAUAUGAUGCUUACAAUGGUUUUGUUGAUGAUAGUAGUGAUGAAGAGGAAGAGACGGAGACAGGUGGCAGUCGAAUGCGUUGUAUAUUGUGUACUACUGCUGCUAGUUGAACUGAAUUGUGUGAUUGCAUGUCUGUGUCUACUGCUUGUGCUAGCGUGGAUAAUAUUUUUGUUCAUGGUUGCAUGCACCACAUGAUGCUUGUGUUCUUCCCCCUAAUCUUGGUUCUUCAAUUUUUGAUUUUUUCAAUUCAUUUUUAUCAAUGUAUUCAUAUUUUAUUUUAUACAUCGUCUUCAUGGCCUGUAUUACAUUCUUUAGAAUCAAAUUGUCCUUGAAUAUCAUAAAUGAUUGAAAAAUGAGUUGCUGGUUAGUGGCCAUGA